AGAGUGUUAAAAUCCCAGAAAAACAAAAAAAAAAACAAAAACAAAUUACAUUCGGUUUUUGCUGCAGUCGCAACUAUUGAUUGUGACUCUUUGAUCAGAAAUAAGAUCUCAUAAGUAUUUUCGGGCCAACUAAGGCUUAUAAUAUAAAUUUUGUUUUUUGGUAAAUUUUGUUGUGAUUUCGUCUAGCAAUAAACCAAAAAAAAAGUAUGUCCUUAUCAACAUUGUACAAAAAAGCUCUCGUCAAAUAUCCGGUGUUGGUGCAAUCAGUUCAAUCGGGAAUCCUCAUGGGAUCAGGCGAUGUGAUAGCGCAAACGCUGGUUGAAAGGCGAAAACUUACCGAUAUUGAAGGAAUGCGAGCGUUUCGAUUUUUCGGCAUCGGUUUCUGCAUUGGGGGCCCGGGGCUACGUAAAUGGUACGGAGUGUUGGAUAAGCACGUAACAGGAAGCAGCAAAACAGUUGCUACCUUCAAAAAGGUAGCUCUCGAUCAGUUAGUGUUUGCUCCAAUAUUCCUUGGCACGCUUAUCGGUACCAUUGGGUUUCUGCAAGGGAACAACAAAACUGAAAUUGAAAGUAAAUUAAGGAAUGAAUAUAAAGACAUUCUGCUGACAAACUACUAUAUCUGGCCCUGGGUACAGCUGACAAACUUUUACCUGGUACCUUUAAAUUAUCAGGUUCUGGUGGUUCAGUUUGUCGCAGUAUUUUGGAAUACUUAUCUCUCGUGGAAAACUAAUUGCACCGAAUCGAACAAUAAGCCGAUCACCGUUAAGAAUAUUGAAGAUGUUUCGGAUGAGUCGCCCUUGUGAAAAUCGUCUAGGUAAUUGUGUGUAGACGAUGCAUAUACAUAUUUAGGUUUGUUGACUUUCACGCGUUAGAAAAUGUGAUACAACUUAAAGAGUAGCACGCGCGGGGUAACAUUAACAUGAACAAGCUUCAACCAGAGUAACAUGGCAUUGACAUGUUUGUUUUAAGUAAUAGUUUAACACAAUAUUUCAAAAGAUUGUAAACCAUAGUGCAUGCGAAAAGUUAAGGAAUAAAAUACAGUUGCCAUAUUGAGACAGUUUUGUCGCUUCAAAAUGUAAAAUGUAAAGAAAGUCUGAUUGCCUCACUUGAUUUAAGUAAAGCGAAAACAAAAACUGUUAUGACAUUCUUAAGUGUUUACCCCCUAGGAAUGUUUUUAACCCCUUAAUACAUGACUUUAUUUAAAUGAGUAUUACUCUUGGAUUUUAUCGACUUUUUUGGCGAGUUUUAAUAUAAAAAACCAAUUUUUACCAGUUGUCCAGACGUUGAGUUUUGCAGGAUCGAAUCAGUGAUACAAUAUCAUUUAAAUUCGAAUAACACCAAGUUUUAUUUAUUUAUACAACUUGUUUUUAAAAGGCCUUUACUUUAGUUUUUUGUGCCGAAUAUGUUCACCUCACUAGGCCGUUAUAGUCGCGACGACUCAACGAUAAGAAAUAUAAUA